AUGGGGCUCUUCGCCGUCCGCGGCCCCAGUCGUCUCCUAUGGUUCGUAAUAGGCGCAAUGACAGCAACUUGGUGGAUCAAGCGCAAGCAGUGCGAGUCCCGCGUCUUCGGACACUGCCUGCGCCCCGCCAUCCAGCCUACUGACUCGAAACACCGCGACGGAUGGACGCAGAACGCCGUCGACGUGUCCCGUGCGAUCAACAAUAUACCCAUCGCCCCGACGCCCAUGGGCGACUUUAACGGCACUGGUACUGGUACGCCAGCGUCCGCCGGCACACCGCAGGUCUCAUGGGACCGUGACCACGCACGCCAUUCGUGGCAAUGGGACCAGUGGCAAGGACAGGCCGAGAGAGAGCAGUUCUCCAGGAUGUCGAGGCAAGCGGCUGAUGCUAUGGUAGAUCUAACCGAGACCACACUCGAGUCCGUGCUAACCACGGCAGAGGCGUUGAAAGCGAAACUGGCGGAACACCGCGCUCGACGCGAGCAAGAGCAGAAGAUCAUCGAACAGCAGCUCGAAGAAGAACGGCGCAAAUCCCCUCCUCGCCUGGUUUAA